AUGCGGGGACAAUUAUCUCUCGCUGCAAUUGCAGCUCUGACUGCAUCAGUGUCUGGCGCAGUUGUUCCUAUUGCGAAGGUGCCAGGCAGUGCUGGUGGGCCUGUGGAAGCGGCCAGAAUCAGUGUGCCACCAUGGUUCUUGAGUUUGGCAGCUGAACUUGAUUUGAUAGCACCCACCGAUACCAGCUCUGUUCCGACUGUUUCUAGCCAACCAACUACGGCCCCAUUUCAGUCACUGCCGGUUGAUCAAACACCUCUUCCUGUUCAAUCAACUCCUCCAAUUCCAUCAAGCACACCUGAGCCUCUAAGCUCAAGUAGCCCGACUGAAAUCGCGCAUCCGAGUAGUGCGAACCCGACACCUCCCACCAGUCCAUCGGAGACCCCAACAGUCAAGACGUGUCCUGGUCCAGCGCAGAGCUCGUCAGACGUUUAUUGGCUUCGUGCCCAAGAUCACAAUGGUGCGGGGGCUGGCUAUGCACCUUUCACAAGCGAACCCAACAAAUAUCCCGUGUUUCGCAACGCGAUGAACUAUGGCGUUGUCAACGACGGCUCGGGUGACCAAACAGCUCGACUGCAAAAAGCAAUUGAUGAUGAUGGAGUUGGAGGUAGCCGCAAAGGAAGUGGUGUUACUCGCAAUCCAGCCGAGGUUUUUCUUCCUGGAGGUAUCUAUCAACUUGGCAGUACGCUUACGCUGACCGUCGGUACCAUCAUUGUUGGUGAUCCAAGCAAUCCUCCUAUCAUCAGAGCCGCGCCCAAUUUCCAAGGGGAGUUCCUGAUCAUGGGUUAUGACAAGAUGAAUGGAAACCCGGAGACCAGCUUUAUGAUGUUGGUCAAGAACGUCAUUCUGGACACCAAUUCGGUAUCAUCGAGCCAGUCAAUUACUGCAUUGCAAUGGGGUGUCGCGCAGGGUGCCGGGUUAACCAAUAUUCAAGUCCGUAUGCCCACUGGGACCAGUCGGCACACUGGUAUCAAUAUCGUGGCAGGCUCGACAAUCGCAGUCACCGAUGUGACUAUCAUUGGGGGCGCAACCGGCAUAAUCAACUCAAACCAGCAAGUCAACUUCAAGAACGUCCACUUCAUCUCAUGUAACACUGCGUUCGAAGCAUCGGGUGGAUGGACAGUGCUCCUACAGGGAACCACCUUCGAAUCGUGCGGCACGGGUGUCAACAUGACAACCAACGCCCUGGGCAGCUUGGUGAUUCUGGACUCGACAUCCACAAAUUCUGGCCCACUGAUUCGAUUCUACGAUUCCUCCCACGACCCGGGCUACCAAAACAGCCAGUUCUUGAUCCAGAACCUGCAGUAUAAUUCCAAGGAGCCAAUCGCUGUUGAUACCAAUGGCCACACCCGCUUGGAGGCAACUACUUACGUUGAUACGUGGGUCUGGGGAACUAUGGUGCCUGGCGCGUACGCACCGGGCGCAGCGUGGAAUACUCACAGGCCUCCUCAACUGCUGGUCAACGGAAAAUACUUCACCAAGCCUCAACCCACGUAUGCUGGAUUCAGUGACCAGGAUAUUGUCAACGUGAAGACUGUUGCCGGACAUGUCGUCAAGGGCGAUGGUCUCACCGACGAUACUGUGGCCCUCAACGCGAUCCUAGCUCAGAAUGCGGCAAACUGCAAGAUCACAUACAUUCCUUUUGGAGUGUAUAGAGUUUCAGACACGCUCCUCAUUCCGGUCGGAUCUCGCAUCGUCGGUGAGGCGUGGUCUGUUAUCUCUGGAUAUGGUGAUGCCUUCAAGAACCAGAAUAGCCCCAAGGCUGUCGUUCGAGUCGGUAAUCCCGGCGACGUGGGUGUUAUCGAGAUCCAGGAUAUGCGAUUCUCCGUCGCUGAAAUCUUGCCUGGAGCCAAGGUGGUUGAGAUCAAUGCGGCGGGCCAGCAACCCGGCGACGUAGGACUCUGGAACACCAUGGUUAUGGUUGGAGGUACUGCUGAAACGAGUAUAUCCACCAUGUGCACCUCUCAAGAUCCUAAGGAUUGCAUGGCUGCCUUUAUGGUAAUGCACCUCACCGAGACUUCCUCUGUAUAUAUCGAGAAUUUCUGGGGAUGGACUGCAGAUCACAACUUGGACAGCAAGUCUCUUUUCACCAUCAUCUCCACUGGUCGUGGCAUUCUCGUCGAGUCUACCAAGGGAACCUGGCUCACUGGGACCGGCUCUGAGCACCACUGGCUCUAUAACUAUAACUUCCACAACGCAUCCAACGUCUUUGCAGGUCUGCUGCAAUCAGAAUCCCCAUAUAUGCAAGGAUCGGGCGAGUUCGAGAAGGCACCAGCUCCUUGGACCGUUGAUCCGCAACUAGGUGACCCCGACUUCUCCUGGUGUGGACCAAGUGAUGAGAAAUGUCGAAGUGCAUUAGCAACCAACGUCGACGGAGGAUCGAAUAUCGCUCUGUAUAAUUCAGCCGCAUGGGCCUUUUUCGACGGCUCUUGGAAUGGGCUCUAUAAUGAGCCGUGCCAAGGCAAGUGCCAAGCAAACAUGAUGCGAGUAACCAGAGCGCCACAGAAUUUCGUUUGGUAUUCGAUUAGCACGCGCAUGACGGAGGUGAUCGUGUUGGAUGGGAAGAGUAAUCCGAGGGAGGAUAAUCAUGCUGGUGGAUGGGAGGGUAUCAUUCAGGCGUAUGGUGAAUUUGCGGGUUAG